UGUGAGUUGAAAUACAAAACAACUGACGCGCAGAUUCGUUUGGAUAUCGUUUAUCGCACAAUGCAAUAAUUUACGUGAUUCAGCACUUCGAUACAAUGUGCAGAAUAAAUAUUUAAAAAGGAUAUAAACACAUCGCCGUAUCGGUUCCUAAUUACACUUUGCAUUCGUACACAGUCAUAUUGAAAAAUACAGACACAUCUUUUUACUGAGUGUCACUGUAUGCGGAUACGAAGCGUAAGCACGACCGUUUGCGGUAUCCAAUUUAAAUGUUAUACACCGCACAACAUCUCCACAAAUGUCCACUCGCUUAACGAGUUUGGAGUUCUUCAUUCAAGUGUCAAAUAAACACUGGAGCAGAUAGACGUGUUUAACACAAAAAAUCGAUCGCAUUUAAAUUAGAGGUGAAAAUAACGAACGAUUAUUAAUUCCAACUGCUAGUUUCACUGCAGCGAGAUAUUACAUGGUACCAAGUGCCUAUAGCUAAAAUAUUCAAGUGUUUGAUUUGCAGUGAAUUUUAUUUCUCUUGAUCAUCAUAUUGCAUUCGAGGAUCAAAAGUGAAAAAUGGGUGUUCGCGGUUUGAAAACAUUUUUGGAGCGUGAAGGUGAAAUUUAUCCCAUUGAUAUUGGUGAUGAAAUCAAACAAUGGAAGAGGGAGAACCCCAAUAAGACACCAACAGUUGUUAUUGAUUUUCUUAGCCUGACACAUUGCGUGGCCAGAAAGGAAAACGAUACAAUUUGUAGUGGUCGUCAUCAAAUUACGAUCAAAGCAUGGACAGAACUGUUGGAUGCAUUGAAAGCGACUGGGUGUUUGUUGGUAUUUUUUGCCGAUUUAACCCUUCAGGAUGGUAAAUCAGACACAUGGCUCAGCCGACGAAAUGAAAAGUUCGAUUUGUACACGUCUUUGUACGAAUUGAUCGAUGCUGGUGUCGGUGUUGAAACGAUUGUGGCCACCGUUCAGGAACGAAAAGGGUUAACAACGAAAUUCCAUGGAAUGGAAUUGGUUGCACAGACCUACGGCGAUUUCCAUCAUUCAAUCAAGUACGAAUGUGAUUUGGAAAUCGCACAAUACGCCAAAAAUCACGACGUAUUGGCUGUUAUGACAAAUGACACCGAUUUCCUUAUUUUUGAUGGCCCAUGGAAGCUGUGGUCAUCCAACGACAUCGAAAUAACAGCAUCAAAACAAGUGAAAACGGUUGAAUACAAUCGAAAGGCUCUGGCCAAAAUUUGUUCACUUUCACAACGACAAUUGCCAAUUCUGGCAACUCUGUUGGGCAAUGAUUUCACCAACGAAUACUAUGACCAGCUCAACAGUUUCCAUCGCACAUUGGGUCCAAUGCGAAACAAAUUCAAAAAUGUUGCUAACUAUGUACGCGGUUUUGGUAGCGGACAACUUUCUGAUGCACACAUUACACAAAUCAAGCAGAAGAUCUUUGGCUAUGGCAACGAUGCUAAACAACAACUGAUCAGGCAAAGCAUCGAGUCGUACAGUACCGAUUUUCCAGUGGCAACCGUUGACGAUCCGAUAGAAAAACAACUAUUGACCACGAGCAUGUAUCGUCCAUACAUGACCAUGAUGAGCACCAAUCAAGGAAUUACGAUGCCAUUUUAUGACAUGCGGGGAUGUGCCACAGGAGCCAACUUUCCAUUGCUGCUUGCAGAUUGGCUUAAACGAAAAAUCGGCGUCAUUCGACAACGAAACGACGAUAAAGAGUUCUCAUUUACGCUACUGAUGAAGAAAGCCAUCGAUGUAUUCUACAAGGCUUAUACCGAAACACCAAUUUAUCCCAAAUUUACCGUGUCUCCGUUGGAUCAAUUGUAUGCGAAAGCCAACGAUGAUUCAGACAUUUUGGAAAUGCGAUGGAAAAUUCUCGCAUUCAUCAUGACAUUGCCGGACGACAUCAUUUUGGCAAUCAAGAAAUUGUCGAAGGACCUUACAUUGGUUUGCGUUACUCUCUACGCUUUGGUGAAGAGCGGAUUGAUUGGUGAAAACGAAGCCGAUGGCAUUCUAUAUACCGAACAUAAGGUGUAUGCAAAUGAAAUUUUGGAUGCAGCGUAUCCAACGGUAUUGACGGCUAAGCAUGUGCGGGCGGCGCAUCUCUACAAUGUCGCUUUCUCGUAUGUUCGACAAAAUUUCGCUAUAGCCGGUCUAUUGCAGUCAGUUCAGGAAAUUUUCCAAUUCGAUGGCGUUUUCUACCAGGAUUUGAUGCGCAAAGCCGACAAAAUGAACGACCCUAAACUUGAAUCUCUUUUUGCCCCGAUCAAGGAUUAUCGACUCUAUUCAAAGAACAUCUGAGACAUGAUUGACUAUUUUUGAAAAUUUAUUCUAUAAAAUAUCAUAAUCCUGAAGUUGAAACAACUUCUCAUUUGAAAAAAAAAAAUGACAUUAUCCUUUGGAAUAAUAGGCUAAGACAGAUUUUUUCGUUAAAUCUCAUGAAUAAGAUAAAUAAAUACAAAUUAAGAUGAAUGAAAAUUUCGAAUCUAAACUCCCGAAAAAAUAACGGGUUAUUCAACGUUCUUUUAAAGAUUGUGUGCAUUUAUAUCAAUUUUACUUGUUCUUGUGACCUUGAGCACGAGAUAUUUCAAAUGGUAUUACACAAUUUUAAAUACACAACAUAAAUGUGACUACGAUAUAAAUCAUUAGGAAUCAUAAAUCAUGUCAUCAACGUAAAGAUAUAAAGAAUUUAAAAUAUACAUAUGUAGCAACUCGAUGUGUCAUUUUCCGUUUUUUCCCCUUCAAAUAAAUGCCUGAAAAAC